ACGAUUUACGACCCGCUUACGACUUUACACUCAAGCACACUUCAUUCUCUGAUCUACCAAAUUCACGACUCUUACACACACAUUUCUCAUCAUGUCUCUCGCCGCCGCUAAGCAAGACAUCCGCGACCGUCCGGCUCUCGACGGGGUCACCGAGCCCGUCAACCGCGACCAGAAGAACGCCGACAUCGAUCGCAAGCUCCACCUCUACGGCGUCGCCACCGCCCUCCGCGAGUCGCGUCUCCCCGCCAACGACCAGAUCGACGCUGCGCUCGAGUAUGCGCUGAACCAUUCCCCCGUUGAGACCGACCAGCUCUCCGAGUCCGGUCAGGUCCUCAUCCAAGACACCCGCCAGGUCAUCGACACCAUGCGCGCGAUCGUCCGCGAGAAGAAUGCGGACGAGCUCUUGCAGAACUUCGUCUGGCACACCCGCCAGACCGACACCGAGCGCGCGAAGAAGGAUCCGAACGAGGUGCUCCCUGUCGGCCAGGACAAGGUCCAGAACGACGCGAGCCUAGCUGCCCAGCACCUCCGUACCCUCGCGACGCUGGUCAUCACCAACGCCGAGGCGCGCAAGCUGCUCUCCGACUUUGGCGUGAUCGGCCGCGAUCUCCUCGCGCGCGGUGCGGGCAAGGUCGCCGAGAUGUCCCGCCCCGACGAGGACGCGCUUCGUCGCGUCGACGAGCCCGGUCCCGACCACCACUUCGUCACCGAGGGUGGAAGGAACGCUGGCACCGGUGAGACUCCGGUCCCUGAAGUACAGGUCCCUGGCACUGGUCACCGUGUCGUGCAGGACCCGCGCAACGAGGUCGGCCAAGGCACCGCUAUCAAAACUGAGAGCGGCGAGCAAUACCGCGGCGACGAAGCUGCAGACAUCGCCGCUCAGAGGGCCAACGAGGCCAAGCAACGCGCACGGGCUGAAGCUCAGGCUCAGCGUGACGACGUCCAACAGAAUGUCGUCGAGGACGACGCCGAUCCUGAAGUUAAGAAGGGUCGUUUCCAGGACAAGUUGUCCGCCGCGAGGGACAACGUUCUUGGCCGUGUUCCUCAGGAGCACCGGGACAAGGCGAACGAGCACAAGGACCGCGCCCGUCAGUUCCUAAGCGAUGAAUACUUCCCGCAAGAGCGCCGCGACCAGCUCAUCUACCGGUUGAAGAAGGUCGUGAUCGAGUGCCAGAAUCACAAGGACUACCAGGACGCGAUCCGCUGGCUCCUCGACACGGGCUCCGAGUACGUCGGCCAUGGCCGCGUCGUCGCCGACCACGGCAAAGACUCGCACCAGCAGCUCACGUCGGACGACAACCUUCGUCAAGCGUGGUCCGAGUUGCGCACGCUCCUGGAGCGCUUCGCCAACGGCGCGAGCCUCGACAUCAUUGCGAACGCUGUGCAGGCUCUCUACGAGGACUCGCGUAGUGACGAGGGCCUCCGCCAAUGGUUCAACGAGGUGAACGGGUUUGCUCGCCAGUGCCUCAUGGAGCCUGGCUACAUCCUCGACGACCAGGCGAACAACCGCGGGAACCAAUUGCGUGACACUGGUCGACAGUACUACGACGACAAGUACAACGAGCACUUCAACAACCUCUGGAACAGCUUCGCAGACUGGGGCAACGCGUGGACGCAGGACCCGCUCAACCGGCGGUUCGGCCAGGACUGGCAGCGCCUCGCGAAGGACCUCCUGUUCGAUAGCGAGGGGAGCCUCAAGUACAAGCCGGAGCUGUGGCGCGAUAUCCGCAAGGUCAUCGUGCCGGGCUUGGUCGCGAACGUCGGGUACGUGCCGAUCCCACGCAUCGAGUACACGGACGACUCGCUCGACCUCGUGCUCGAGAACUUGGCGCUGUCGGGCAAGAACAUCUUCCCGAACGUCAUCAGCUUCGAGGCGCACAACUAUAUGAAGUUCUCGCCGUACGACGCCAUCAACGACGAGCAACACCACGACUUCACGCUCACGCUUGGUCACAUCCAAGCCGACUUGCGCGACGUCGCGUUCUACUACCGUCGCAAGAGCGGCUUCCCGAAGAUGACCGAUCAGGGCCUCGCCGACGUCCUCCUCGGCGGCACCGGUCUCACCGUCACCGCUCGCCUCGCCACUUCGCACGACCCGACAUCCGUCUUCACGGUCAAGGACGUGCAGGUGAAGGUCGACACGCUGAAGUUCGCGGUGCGCGACUCUAAGCACGACGCGCUGUACAAGGCCAUCGCGCCGCUCGCGACGAACCUCGUCAAGAAGCAGCUGCAGCGCGCGCUCGGCGGCGCCGUGCACACCGCGCUCGAGUACGUCGACGGCGAGCUCGCCGCGGUACGCGACCAGAUGCAAGAGGCAAAGGGGAGCGAGGACGGCAACCGGCUGCAGGUUCUUAAAGACCAGGUCGCGCAGAAGAAGCAGGCCGCGCAGGGCAAGGCGGGCGAGGCGGACAAGAAGACGGGAGAGUUCAAGAUCGUCGCGCAACCCGGUGCGGAGUUGCUGCCUGAGCAUGGCCACCCCGACGGCUGGGUGAAGCGUGCGGGCGAGCGCGUCGCCGCGGCGAAGAGCGGCGAGGAGUGGAGGAGUGAUGCGUACACUGUCGUCUAGGUUGGUGAAAGCCUCCCGUCUCCGUUCGUACCUGCCUAGAAAAAGGUUGCCCUCGUAUGCUGUUACUCCUCCUUGUACUACAUAUGCCUUUGUAGCGCUGAGAUAUCUGUAUCGUUACUUUCCUUGAUGUAAUACGCUUCUAAUCGACUGUUCACUC